AUGGCUCAAACAGCAUCAUUCCCGUUCAUGCGACUACCUGCGGAGCUUCGGCUUAUGGUAUACGAGCGCAUUGCCAUUAAUGUUCACUCAUAUCUUGUUUGGGUGGUGCCGGGGAAAUUUGGUGUCCCAACCGAGUCUCACUACCACAUGUUCGGAAAGAGAACCGAAACAGCUAUUUUGCGUGUUUCUCGGCAAGUGUAUGCGGAAGCUUACGCCCUCAUGCAAACGAACCAGUUCCAUGAGAUCAGAUCUACGCCAUUCAGCGUCUUGCUCAACUUGGCCGCAAGUGAAGAGCUGAAGCUGUGCAUUGAGGAUAUCGGACAGUGUGGCUCCUUCAUUUGCAAGGAGUCGAACAACAUUCAUAUCGGUCACUUGGGACACAAUGUUAAAUUCACGACGAUCAUGGAAGUCGGCAUCCUUGGAGCAAACCACUUUUCCGAAUCAGAAUACAGGCGAAUAGCCAGUGGGCUGGUAGGAGUCGGCUUUGGAGUCAGACAUAUUUUGCGGAUGAUCGGGAAUUCUUCCACUACCCCGGAAGAGAGUUGUGACAUACAGACUUCAUCUCAAUGCGAAAGCUUCCUAGAUCAGCUAAUUGAGGGAGCCAAGCGCCAACCUUGGUGGGCCAGGUUUGAAAAGGGCACUAAUGUGAGUGAGGCAGAGUUCACUCUGGAGUGGUCUGUUGGAGAUUACUACUGUACUUCGAUCCACUAG